AUGAAGUCUAGCACAACAUCAAUCGACGUGCCGGCAGCGACGACUCUUCUCUUUGGAGAUCAGACGGAUUCAUGGGUCGACGGCAUCGACCAGCUUUACAAACAAGCGGCCUCAACUCCAUGGCUAAAGUUGUUUUUGGACAAGUUAUACGAUGCCAUAAAAGCGGAACUUAAGAUUACCACGUUAGACCGUGCCUUGCAAACCAGCUUGGGUCAUUUCUCAAGUCUCCAAGAACUGGGUGAGAGAUAUCGCAACAGUACCGACGACCUUGGUGUGGUGCGUUCGCUUCUCCUCCAUACCGUCAGGGCCGGUAACUUACUGCAAUGGGUGAAACGAGAGCCGCACCUCAUUGACCCAACAUCCCAUACUGAGUGGUUAGGGAUUUCCGGAGGACUGCUGACUCUAUCGGCUCUGGCCAUUGCUGGGGACUUCGAUGCUUUGUACGAAGCAUGUCUGGAGGUGGGCCGCUUGGUUUUUAGGGUGAGCAAACUCGCGUCCGUGAGAUCCAGAGCCGUGGAAGAUAAACCCGGUGUUUGGGGUUGGGCAGUGCUGGGUAUCUCAGCAGAUGAUCUUCGCAAAGCCAUGGAGCAAUUUCAAGAAAACGCGGGUAUCCCACCCACCAAAAGAGCGAAAGUAGGUGUGACAGGAGCCGGAUGGAGCACUAUCAUCGGUCCUCCAUCGGUUCUGAGCCUUAUUGUCGAGCAAUGCUCUGCUAUAAGAAGUGUUGCCAAAAAUCCCCUGGAAAUCAAAGCCCUGCAGCACACACUUAACAUAUCAAGUGCGGAAAUCGAAUAUAUGAUAGGAAAAAACACAGAGUUUCUAAACAAAAGACUGAUCUCGAAUCAGAGUAUCUGGGGUGUGGACGACCAUUCAGCAACAUAUGAUAACUGGGGAGACUUACUGAGAACUAUCUGCUGGCAAGUCUUGGCUCGUCCACUUAACCUUACCGAAGUUAUAGACAAGAUCAACUCAAAACUAGAUGGGAUCAGCUCUGUGCGGGUCAUUCAAGUAGGAUCCAGCAGCCAUGCGCCUUACUUAGCCAGCGUUUUGAAAACGCAGGACAGACAAGUAUCUAUCCAAGGCCAACAUGCUCUCUUGCAAACAGAUGAUGGCGCUGCGUCGCUUAUGGCUGGUCGUAUUGCCAUAGUAGGAAUGGCUGGUCGCGGCCCGGGAAGCGACAACGUCGAUGAGUUCUGGGAUGUCAUCAUGUCCAAACAAGAUCUUUGUACGGAGGUUCCCAAAGAUCGAUUUGACAUAGAUGAGUUCUACUGCGAAGCACAUGAUCGUGGCGACCAAAAAUGUAAAAUGACCACCAAAUACGGCUGCUUCAUGAAUAAUCCGGGCCACUUCGAUUCUCGAUUCUUCCACAUUUCGCCGAGGGAAGCAAUACUGAUGGACCCCGCUCAUAGACAGUUUUUGAUGAGCACCUAUGAAGCCCUUGAGUCGGCCGGGUACUCAGACGGCCAGACGAGAUCAACAGAUCCAACGCGUAUCGCGGCUUUCUUUGGCCAAUGUACCGAUGACUGGCUUGAACACAGCCAUCCUACUCUAGGAUGUGACGCAUACACCUUGCAGGGAAUCCAACGUGCAUUUGGCUCUGGAAGACUUGCUUGGCAAUUCAAGUGGGAGGGCCCAACUUAUUCCCUUGAUUCCGCAUGUGCAGGCAGUACUGCGGGCAUCCAUUUGGCGAGUAUGAGUCUGCUAUCUAAAGACAUUGACAUGGCUGUUGCUGGAGCCGCCAAUAUCUUGAGUUGGCCGCACUCGUUCACUUGCCUCAGCGACUCUGGCGUGUUGUCCGACACGGGAAAUUGCAAGACAUUUCGCGAUGAUGCCGAUGGCUACUGUCGGGGCGAUUUCGUCGGUGCUGUAGUUUUGAAACGUCUCGAGGAUGCCGUCGCUCACAAUGAUAAUAUCCUAGCGGUAGUUGCUGCGUCUGGCAGAAACCAUUCUGGAAACGCCACUUCAAUCACGACAAGUGAUGCCGGUGCUCAGGAACGCCUCUUUCGAAAAGUGCUUCGCAAUGCACAAAUCUCUCCGGAUGACGUUUCGUAUGUUGAAAUGCACGGUACAGGUACUCAAACAGGUGACCCGGCCGAAAUGGGCGCUGUUGCCAACACGUUCAAGCACAGGCGCCGUAACAAUGGACCAUUAACCGUCGGAGGAGUCAAGGCAAACAUUGGCCACGGAGAAGCAGCCGCUGGCAUGGCAGAAUUGUUGAAAUGUAUCAUGAUGUUCAAGAAAGACAUUAUCCCACCACAAGGAGGAAUGCCUCACGCGCUCAACCCAAAAUUUCCUCCACUUGCAGAUCUCAACAUUCAGAUCCUUUCGGAACCUCACCCAUUCGUUAGACAGGCUGAAAAACCCAGACGGAUCCUCCUGAAUAAUUUCGACGCAGCAGGGGGAAAUGCUUCGCUAGUUCUUGAAGAUUUUGUGUUCUCGAAACAGAGAGCGAAAGAUCCUCGAUCAAGUCACGUGAUCACAACUUCUGCUCGAACAAAGGAUUCGCACAAGGCAAACAGCGCCAACCUUUUGAAAUGGCUGCGAGCAAAUCCAACAGCCAGGAUCGAAGACGUAGCCUACUCGACUACGGCACGAAGAAUGCAUCACCCCUUUAGAGUUGCCUAUACCGCAACGUCCACUCAGGACUUGAUAAGCAGAAUAGAGGCGCUGGAUCCAGCUUCAUUAUCAACAGCACCGUCGCCAUCUUCGCCAGUUAUUUUCGUAUUCACAGGGCAAGGAUCGCACUAUGCAGGCAUGGGCUCCGAGCUGUACAGAACAAAUCCUGUCUUUCGCGAGACGGUAGAUUUGUGCGCCGCGAUCUGCGAAAACAACGAGUUCCCAUCCUUCAUCGAGAUAAUAACCACCAAGGACACCGACGUUGGAGAAAAGAAUACUGUGCAAAUCCAAUUGGCAGUCAUCACGUUGGAAAUAGCUCUCACAGCCUUUUGGCGAUCUGCUGGGAUACAGCCUGCCGCCGUGAUGGGCCAUAGUCUCGGAGAAUACGCCGCUUUACAUGCUGCCGGAGUACUGUCACUGGCAGAUACUUUGUAUCUUGUUGGCAGCCGCGCUCUGCUGCUCCUGGAACGCUGCGAGCCUGGAUCGUGUGCCAUGCUUGCACUUUCGACUUCCGUAGCGAAGAUAAAUGAUAGACUCAUCAAAUCAUCCUCCUGUGAAGUAGCAUGCAUCAACGGACCCAAUGCAACUGUUAUCAGCGGAACGACAGAGGACCUGGAACAGCUGCAAGCUAGCGUAACAGCUCAGGAUAGCAAAGUCCGAGCGACAAAGCUCUCAGUCCCAUUUGCAUUCCAUUCAUUCCAGGUUGAUCCAAUACUGCAGGAUUACAUCUCCCUUGCAGGAGGCGUCGAAUUUGGAGCGCCUAAGAUUCCUGUUGCAUCUACCCUGCUCGCAUCUGUCGUAGAAACACCGGGGAUCUUCGACCAAGAAUACCUCGCUCAGCAGACACGCCAGGCGGUUGAUUUCGUAGGCGCACUCAACGCGGUCAACUCCAGAAUUAAAGAUCCAAUUUGGCUUGAAGUAGGCCCAGCACCGGUUUGCACAUCUUUUGUGCGUGCUACUCUUGCACCUGCUCCCAACAAGAUCAUGCAAACCAUCGAGGCAAAUGUCAGUAAUUGGACAUCCAUUUCCAGGAGCCUGUCAACAGCAUACGUCAACAGUAUCGACGUUGACUGGCUGGCAUUACAUAGACCCUACGAGGAUAACCUGGAGUUGCUGACUCUGCCUGCCUAUGCUUGGACAAUGAAGGAUUACUGGGUGACCUGGACCGAAAAGAGCAGAGAAGGAGUCGCACAAGAAACAGCAAAGCCUAUAUCUGAGCCAUAUCUUGCCACUUGUGCACAGUAUCUAGUCAACAAGUCAUCUUCACCAAAGAUCCAAGUCACUUUCCGAGCGUCCGUUUCUGACCCAGGAUUCCUAGCGCUAAUAGAAGGCCACAAAAUGCAGCAGAUCGGACUUGCUUCUGGGAGCGUAUUCUGCGAUGCAGCAUUGACAACAGCAAAGUAUGCUCUUGAGUAUAGUGGCAGAAAAGGAGUCACUGACCGCAGUUUGACGAUACACGACCCUGUGCUCCUGGCACCAUUGACAAAGAGCCUCCUGGGUAGUGAUGGAGAGCUUGUGACGACAGCGGUCCUCGAUAGCGCUUCUUCAAGUACUGUGCUUGUCUCAUUCAAGGCUACUUCAACAGAAUCGUCGCACAAUUUAGGCACUAUCAGAAUCAACAUUCACAACCCCGAUGAGACUCAGAUUGAAUGGGAUCGAAUGUCUUAUUUCAUCAGAGCAAAGAUGGAUCAAAGGAUCAAAGGAUCCAAAGAAAAUUCCGGGCACAGAAUGCAACCAGAUGUUUUCUAUGCGCUGUUCGCAAAUGCGGUAGAGUUCGCCCCUAGUUUCAAAGGUCUUCAGGAAGGUUACAUAUCCAAUGAUUUUGAGGAGGCAGCAGCGUUGGUUGUACUGAAGAACGACCCUGCUAAUAGUCGUUUUACCUUUUCGCCUUAUUGGAGUGAAGCUCUCGCUCAUUUGGCAGGCUUCAUGGUGAACGGCAACCCUAAUAAGUCACCAGACGUGACGUUUAUUGUCAUGGGCUUCGAAAGUGUGAAGCAGACAGUCGCUUUUGAGCCUGGAAAGGAAUACAUGACGUACACCCGAAUCGUGAAAUGGGAAACCGACACAGCCUUUUGCGAUGCUUUCGUUUUCGAUCGUCAAUCUUCAAAGAUGGUCAUGCAAGUGAUCGGCCUGCGGUAUCAAAGGCUCCCCAGAACGACCUGGCGACAUAUUCUCUCAGGUGCACAUGCAAAAACCAAGUCUGGCGCCCCUGUUCGAGCCGCCUCACAAAGCGUAUCUAAAGAAAUCACCGGGGAGUCCAUGAGAUUCUCUACUUCCGCUGAUAACGGACAAACAAAGCAAGAAGAUGCUAGAUCCCAGGAAGAGGAGGCGCCAGCCUCUGGAGAAUUUGAUCUGAUCCUGGAUAGCAUUUCUAAAUCCACAGGAAGUGAUCGAGCAGAGUUCACCGACGAUACUGAGAUAGCCGAGCUUGGUGUUGACUCUAUUAUGGCUAUCGAGAUUGUCGCCUCCGUGAAAACCGAGUCGGAUCUCGAUUUGCCUGCCUCGUUUGUCUUCGAAUACCCCACCAUUGGUGAUCUUCGCCGUGCUUUUGGAGGGAAACCAAAGCCAACAAUCAAAGACUCCCCAGGUGCCAAGUCAAAUUCGACAUCUUCAAGCGAAGGCGGAUCAAGACCUAGAAGCCCAACGCCCGCGCCUGAAUCAAUCUCUUCCUUAGGGUCUAGUGUGGUUCGCGUCGAAGAAGAAAUCGUAACACCAGCGAAUAAGGAACAAGACACAUCACCCGCCCCAACUGUCCGAAUCACCUUGCUUCAGGGCCGUACAAAGACUGAAAGGACUCCUCUAUACUUGAUGGCUGAUGGAACUGGAUCUAUAGCCACGUAUAUCCAUCUCCCAGUUUUCAAGUCCAAGAUGCCAGUCUAUGGAAUUGAUUCGCCCUUCAUACGUUGCCCGUCAAGAUUGACCAGGCAAGUAGGAAUUGAAGGAGUAGCCAAGCUCAUUGUCGACGCAAUGAUAAAGGCUCAACCUAAGGGAUCUUUCUUCGUCGGCGGUUUCAGCGCUGGCUGUAUGGUUGCAUAUGAGGUUUCGAAACAGUUGGCUGGUGCGGGUCGCAGGGUAGAUGGGCUUGUGAUAAUCGAUUUGUGCUCUCCGCGGCCCACGUUGCUGGAUGAAAAUGCAGUCAAAGAAGAAGCGAAGACGGGUGUGGCCGUCUUUGGGGCAGCUGUAGCCCAAGAUGGAUUGUGGAGUUCUUCGUCUGCCCAAGAAGAUCAUUUGCGUGCAUACUUCGUAGCAAUGAGGUUAUACAACCCGCGACCCAUGACAACUAGCGAGCGGCCCGGUCGAACAUCGGUCAUUUGGGCCAAAAAGGGUCUUGUAGGCCGCAUUGCUUCUAACCCUAAGUUGAUGAAAAUGCUAGCAGAUGAAGGGAUUCCAACCGAGGCGUAUCCAGGCUAUAUGGAAGACCCAAGACUUUCCCCCAUGGCAUGUCUUGUACCGGAUAAAACCCCUAACGAUUUGGGACCCAACGGCUGGGACAAGUUUGUUGGAGAUGUUCUCACGUUGUCUGUAAAUGCAGAUCAUCUUGACCUGCCGAUGCCUGAACAUGUGCAUUUACUUCAUGAGCAGCUAGAGGAAGCGUUCGCUCACUUUGACCGCAAUUAG